AUGAACUUGAAACCAUUAUCUUUUCUAAAAAAGUUGAAUGGAUAUCUGAGAGUUUAUGAAACAGAUCUUGAAGAUCUAUCGUUUUUAGAGAACUUGAAAACUAUUGAAUUUCAAUAUACUGGAGAGUACUAUGUUGAUAUCUAUGGAAAUCCAAAUUUGAAAAAACUUGGACUUGGUUCUCUGAAAAAAUCUCUUCCAGCGGAUGGACUGCCCUGGGUGAACUUGACCAACAAUCACCCAGAUUUCUGUAUUUCCACGAAUGAACUCCAGGCAUUUGCAGAAGCGAAAGCUCAGUUUUUAAAUAUACAAGCGAAGUUAUGCCCUGAUUUGAUAAGGAAGGACAAGCAGAAAGUUUGUAAUUUCGAAGAUUUGAAUACUAUGGAUUCAAAUUGCCAGCAUAUUAUCGGAAAUGUUAUUAUUAACUCGGAAAAUGAGGAACACCUAUCAAAACUUGAAAAAGUGACACAUAUUUAUGGUACUCUGACAAUAGAGGACACUGAGAAGUUGACUGAUUUAGGAUUUCUGGCGAACUUCCGACAAGUUACAAAUCUGAGAAUGGACAAAAUCCCAAUGAUCCGAAUAAACUCGAACAAAAAACUGCAAAAAAUUUGGCUUCCAAAUAUGAAGACACCACCGUUUCCAAAUGGGUUCGACCAAAUAAUUGAAAUUGAUGGUAAUUCUCAAGACAUCUUCAGAGAUAGAAGAGAAUGUCUACUUUUUCAAAAACUGACACAAACUACAACAAAGUAUAACAAGAAGAGUUGUACAAAGCUUCCAACAGCUGUAACAACACAAAAGGAGCCAACUAUAUUGGCAACGACGCCAGUAGUCUUUGAUUUGAUUUCCACUAAAUCAUAUGAGUCAGGAUUGAAUUUUACAACAAUACCAGCUAGCUCAGAUCUAUCAGAAUCAACCACACUAUUCGCAGAAUCAGAAACUACGAUGAAAUCUGGUUACUCUGCUGAUUCCUGGAUUUUCAGCUUUUCUCUCAUUUUUAUUGCAUUGUUUCCUUUUCACUGA